AUUUUUGAGGACGUAUUUACAUAUUUAGAGCGUCAUUUUACUAUCUUGUCAAUAUAAUAGAACAUUUUUGGUUGCCCAUACAAGAGAUGAAGAGGCAAGGGGAAAGGGAAACAAGACCCAAAAUCUGUCUUCUCCAGCAGGUGUCUUCUCCAGCACGUUUAAAAAGCCGCUCACCAAGUGAAGAGUUUUGAGAUUAUGAAUGACGUCAUCAAGAAGGUACACAAGAAAGGAGAAUGGAAGGUGCUGGUCGUAGACAAGCUGAGCAUGAGGAUGAUGUCAUCCUGCUGUAAGAUGACAGAUAUCAUGUCAGAGGGCAUCACCAUUGUUGAAGACAUCGGAAAGAAACGGGAGCCUCUCCCUAGCAUGGAGGCCAUCUACUUAAUAACUCCCAAUGAUGAGACUGUGGAGGCACUCAUAGAUGACUUCAGAGACCCUCGGUCGCCCAGAUACAGAGGAGCUCACGUCUUCUUCACUGACACAAUCCCAGAUUCAUUGUUUAACUUGUUGACGAAAUCCCGCGCGUCCAAAGCCAUGAAGACCUUGACUGAGAUCCACAUCGCCUUUCUGCCCUAUGAGUCUCAGGUGUUUUCCCUGGACAAGACAGAUGCCUUCCAGGACUUCUACAGCCCCUACAAGGCUGACAUUAAGCACAACAUGUUGGAGCGCUGUGCUGAGCAGAUCGCCACUCUCUGCAAUACCCUGAAGGAAUACCCUGGCGUCAGAUACAGAGGGGAGUAUAAAGACUGUACCACUCUGGCUCAGCUCCUGCAGGACAAGCUGGACGGCUACAAGGCAGACAACCCCACCAUGGGAGAGGGUCCGGACAAGUCUCGCUCCCAGCUCUUGAUUCUGGACCGAGGCUUUGACCCGGUCUCUCCCAUCCUCCAUGAACUCACCCUCCAAGCUAUGGGCUAUGACCUGCUGGGCAUCGAGAACGACGUCUACAAGUAUGACACCAGCGGGAUGGGGGAGGUCAAGGAGAAGGCGGUGUUGCUGGAUGAGGACGAUGAUCUGUGGAUGAGUCUCAGACACAAGCAUAUUGCAGAAGUCACCACGGCUGUGACCCGUUCUCUGAAAGAAUUCUCAUCCACCAAAAAGAUGAACACAGGAGAGAAGACCACAAUGAAAGACUUGGCUCAGAUGCUGAAGAAGAUGCCCCAGUAUCAGAAAGAGCUGAGCAAGUACUCCACCCACCUCCACCUGGCUGAGGACUGUAUGAACCGCUAUCAGGGCACCGUGGACAAGCUGUGUCGUGUGGAGCAGGACCUAGCGAUGGGUACGGACGCAGAGGGGGAGAAGAUCAAGGACCCCAUGAGGGCCAUCGUGCCCGUCCUGCUGGACAAAGACGUCACUGUCUUCGACAAGAUUCGCAUCAUCCUCCUCUAUAUCUUCAUGAAGAACGGUGUUUCGGAGGAGAACCUGUGUAAGCUCCUCCAGCAUGCUAACAUCCCUCCCGAGGACAGUGACAUCAUCUCCAACAUGGCCCAUAUGGGCAUGCCCAUCAUCUCAGAGGGGAAUCCGACCCGCAAGGUGAAGAAGACUGACCGGAAGGAGAGAGUGAGUGAGCAGACCUACCAGCUGUCCCGAUGGACCCCUCUUAUCAAGGACAUCAUGGAGGAUGCCAUUGAGGACAAACUGGAUCCAAAGCAGUACCCCUACAUCUCCCAACGAACUGCCUCCACCCACUCCAGCGCGCCAUCAAGUGCCCGGUACGGAAACUGGCACAAGAACAAGGGCCCCACAGAGAUGAAGAAUGGUCCUCGGGUCAUCGUCUUCAUCAUCGGAGGCAUGACCUUUAGCGAGAUGCGCUGCGUCUACGAAGUCACACAGGCCAAUGGCAAAUGGGAGGCCAUCAUUGGCUCCACCCACAUGCUCACUCCCACCAAAUACCUAAAGGAGCUGCAGCACCCUGACUUCCUGGACCCCAACGCUGCCCCUGAGGAACCAGAGCCUGCCCCUGCAGAAUGAGAACACACACUGAAAAGAUCAACCAAUAUCUUCACCCCUACAAGCCUUCUUCAAACUCUCAAAGACUUGGAUAAACAAGCAGAGGUUUAAGCAGAACCUCCUGGCUGUAGCAGUCCCUCUCUUAACUAGCUAUCUGUCUCUUAACUAGCUAUCUGUCCCUCUCUUAACUAGCAGUCCCUCUCUUAACUAGCUGUCCCUCUCUUAACUAGCUAUCUGUCUCUUAACUAGCUAUCUGUCCCUCUCUUAACUAGCUAUCUGUCCCUCUCUUAACUAGCUGUCCCUCUCUUAACUAGCUGUCCCUAUCUUAACUAGCAGUCCCUCUCUUAACUAGCUAUCUGUCCCUCUCUUAACUAGCUAUCUGUCUCUUAACUAGCUAUCUGUCUCUUAACUAGCUAUAUGUCCCUCUCUUAACUAGCUAUCUGUCCCUCUCUUAACUAGCUAUCUGUCCCUCUCUUAACUAGCUGUCCCUCUAUUAACUAGCUAUAUGUCCCUCUCUUAACUAGCUAUCUGUCUCUUAACUAGCUAUAUGUCUCUUAACUAGCUAUAUGUCCCUCUCUUAACUAGCUAUCUGUCUCUUAACUAGCUAUAUGUCCCUCUCUUAACUAGCUAUCUGUCUCUUAACUAGCUAUCUGUCCCUCUCUUAACUAUCUGUCCUUCUCUUAAUUAGCUGUCCUUCUCUUAACUGGCUGUCCCUCUCUUAACUAGCUGUCUUCCUCUUAACUAGCUGUCUUCCUCUUAACUAGCUGUCCCUCUCUUAACUAGCUGUCCUUCUCUUAACUAGCUGUCCUUCUCUUAACUAACUCCCCUAACCUCCAAACUCCCUCAGCCGGCAUAUUCUACUCAGGACCGUCCAUACCAAACCCCUUCUACUCUACACAUAGAGCCAUUUUCUUUAUUGUCUUAUCUAUUUCAAAUAUAUCAAAGUCAUGUAUUCAGAUAGAAUUUCUUAAUAGCAUGAAAUAAGAUCAUUUAAAGCCAUACUACCAAAAAACAGGAUGCCAUUGUUGCACUUUCUUAAAAAGGAAGCCAAUCAUAGUGUAAGAUUCCAGUCUUUCCAACAGACCUUUCAAUACAUUUCAUAAAAGUAUUCAUAUAACAUUUAUUUAAAAAAAACAACUAGCUGAAUAUUGGAAUGAACUUGGAAAUACACUUGGAAUGUAUUUGAACACUGAAAUAACUGACUCAAAUACAUUCCCAAGCAUUUAACCAAGGUAUUUGAAAAGCCAGGUCUGUUUUUAGUGGUUUAGCAUGUAGCUUUUAUCUCAUUGCUUGUAAACGUUUCAGGAACAAUGAGCAAAAAUACAAAUAUUUUUGAAACUCACAAUUGUAUAAUUUGGACAUCAUCUUCAUCACCAACAUCAUCACCAUCUUCCUUGUAAUGCAAUCAGUAGUUUGUAGAAUAUAUGCCAUACUGUAUCAAUGUUUCUAUUCCUGGUGAAUAUUCUGACUUUGAAAAUGCCAAUGUGAAGCCACUCUGUACUACUGCUCAUGUAGCUGUAGCUAGCAGUACAUUUACAGUAUUUGGGCUGUAGCUAGCAGUACAGUUACAGUAGUUGGGCUGUAGCUAGCAGUACAGUUACAGUAGUUGGGCUGUAGCUAGCAGUACAGUUACAGUAGUUGAGCUGUAGCUAGCAGUACAGUUACAGUAGUUGGGUUGUAGCUAGCAGUACAGUUACAGUAGGUGGGCUGUAGCUAGCAGUACAGUUACAGUAGUUGGGCUGUAGCUAGCAGUACAGUUACAGUAGUUGGGCUGUAGCUAGCAGUACAGUUACAGUAGGUGGGCUGUAGCUAGCAGUACAGUUACAGUAGUUGGGCUGUAGCUAGCAGUACAGUUACAGUAGGUGGGCUGUAGCUAGCAGUACAGUUACAGUAGGUGGGCUGUAGCUAGCAGUACAGUUACAGUAGUUGGGCUGUAGCUAGCAGUACAGUUACAGUAGGUGGGCUGUAGCUAGCAGUACAGUUACAUUAGUUGGGCUGUAGCUAGCAGUACAGUUACAGUAGUUGGGCUGUAGCUAGCAGUACAGUAGUUGGGCUGUAGCUAGCAGUACAGUAGUUGGGCUGUAGCUAGCAGUACAGUUACAGUAGUUGGGCUGUAGCUAGCAGUACAGUUACAGUAGGUGGGCUGUAGCUAGCAGUACAGUUACAGUAGUUGGGCUGUAGCUAGCAGUACAGUUACAGUUGUUGGGCUGUAGCUAGCAGUACAGUUACAGUAGUUGGGCUGUAGCUAGCAGUACAGUUACAGUAGUUGGGCUGUAGCUAGCAGUACAGUUACAGUAGUUGGGCUGUAGCUAGCAGUACAGUUACAGUUGUUGGGCUGUAGCUAGCAGUACAGUUACAGUAGUUGGGCUGUAGCUAGCAGUACAGUUACAGUAGUUGGGCUGUAGCUAGCAGUACAGUUACAGUAGUUGGGCUGUAGCUAGCAGUACAGUUACAGUAGUUGGGCUGUAGCUAGCAGUACAGUUACAGUAGUUGGGCUGUAGCUAGCAGUACAGUUAUAGUAGUUGGGCUGUGAUGAUCAACCAUUGGAAAGUUAUUCCUCUUCAUUUAGUCUCUGUUCAGGAAUAGUAUGGAAUUGAUUUGAUUUGCUAUUUCCUCUUCCUGUCGAAGCUAUAGUCUCGUUUUUGUCCCACUUUCCAGUGCAGCGUUGACACUGUCAUGAUGCAAACUCAUUUGUUGGCGUUGUUGUUGUUACACUUGUUGUUGAUUUUGUUACUCUAUAGUAGGGUUAUCUAUUAUUUCUCAAGAUAUAUUAAUACCAGUGUAUUUGAUCAGAAUUCUAUGCUUGGAAGUAAUUUAUCCCAAACAAUACACGUUCACGUACUAAAGCUCUAAUAAAGUUGCUUCAAAGAAAA